GGCAAGCUCUAUGUCGCCGAAGAACUAGACAAAGGGAAAACCCGCAGCUAUAUCUUGUUGAUAUCAGCAGAAGAUUUCAGCAGCCAUGAACUUGCAGAAGCCCAGGUUAUUGUCAGGGUUCUGGGUGUAGCCGUCAAUGAGGUGCUCCAGUUCUCUGCAGCAGUAUAUCAUGGUGAAAUAUUGGAAUCUCAGGACAUCGACUCGUCUGUGUUACUGCCACUUACCGGCAUUCCUCUUGUUGUUGUAGUCACUGGCAGGAAAGAGAAAUCGCAACUGAUCUACAGUGUUGAUCCUGCUAACGAUACAUCUAAUGGCUCUUUUAACAUUACCAUAAUUGGCACAAUUGUUUUGGUAAAGAAAGUUGAUUACGAGGCGAUACCAGCGAACUUCAACCAGACAUAUACCUUUACUGUGAAAGCAACAGAUGGGAUAUCCUCAAGCACAGCCAAGGUUGUAGUUCAUGUUCAGGAUGUCAAUGAUAAAAGUCCGCGCUUUGUGGAUCCAGCAGACUUGGUUCAAAACAUCACAGAGGGCCAGACUUCAGGUCAAGAUCUUGUACAAGUCAGUGCCACAGAUCCUGAUACCCACACUACACUUGUAUACUCUAUUGAUGUCAUCUACCCCACUGGAGCUCCACGGGUAUUUUACAUUGAUCGAUCAUCGGGUAUGAUUACAAUUCUACGAGAUCUGGACCAUGAAGAUAAGGAUAAAUACAUCUUGAAUGUAACAGUUUCUGAUGGGAAAUUCUCUAUCUCUAAAACAGUCACAGUCAAUGUUUUAGAUGUCAAUGACAACUGUCCAAUUUUCAAACAGAUUUUCAAUAUGACAGUAAUUGAGGGAGAUUCAGGUAUUGGAAAUAACAUUUCUGUGACAGCAUUCGAUGCUGACGCUGGGCAAAAUGCUGAUGUCAACUACACUGUAGUCUCUGGAAAUGUCAAUGACAGUUUUGUGUUUGAUUCUAAUAUACUAAAAACAAUCAAAGCAUUGGACAAGGAGUCGGUAUUGCACAACCAUGGAGUGGACAUCAUUUUAACUAUACUUGCUGUGGACAAUGGAAAUCCAUCUUUGUCAGGAACUGGUACUGUGUUUGUAACCAUCACAGACAUCGAUGACAACCCACCACAGUUCUCUCAGAAGCGCUACACUGCCAAAGUCCCAGAGGAUGCCAUCAACAUUCCAGUCACUUUAACUCCACAACUGGAUCUGACAGAUGCUGACAUUGAUAACUGUCCGAGCUACCAGUUUAGUCUCUCAGAUAACUCCACCCCAUUCGCUGUCAACGAAAGCUCUGGCAUUUUAUUUGUUACAGGGAAGCUGGAUAGAGAAACCCAUGAGAAUUACACUUUACAAGUCAUUGCUAUUGACAACUGUGGUAAGGGACUCAACUCCUCAGCAGGAAUCUUCAUUGAAAUCUUAGAUGUUGACGAUGAGCCACCAACAUUUUUGGAAUCGGUGUAUAAUUUCAACAUUUCUAAAAAUGCACAACUGCGCCACCAUCUUGGCAUUGUCAAGGCAAAUGAUGUUGACACUUCAGGAGAUUUUAUUUUAUACCAGCUUAAUGGAUCAGACUUGUUCUACAUUGAUCCUAGACAAGGGGAAAUAAUUGUAACUGGUGACUUAAGCAGUGGGAAUAUGACAGUCUUCCACCUCACAGUGUCUGCAUGUGAUGCUGGUGUCUUGGUUCAGUGUGGAACUGCUGCCGUUCAUAUAUCUGUAACGGGCAUAUGCCCUGUGUGGAACACAACAUCCCUGAAUCUGUAUGUGAAGGAAGGAGAGACAGGUUCUUUGGGACAGAUCUCUACACUUCAUGAUGAUCUCUCUAACGUCACUUACUUCUUGAAUGAUACAGUUGGAGCACAGUGGCUAGAAAUCAGCCCAUCAGGUGAAGUGACCCUUCUUACCCUGCUGAAAGCUGACAAGGCAGACAAAACUAACUUCAUGAUCUCUGUUUAUGCCAAAGAUUAUAGUCAGCCAAACUGCUCUCAGCCUGGGACUCUAGCAUUUACAGUUUUAGGAACUAAUAUGACCAUCACCCGGACAUCUGUUAUCAAGGCCGUUGUGAUUACUAUACUUGAUGGAAGUCCAGAGAACAGUCUCAUUGCUCUGAUUGCAACUCGUGACAAUGACACAGGUCCAGAUGGCAAAGUUACUCUAACACUGACCGUUGCAACAAGUGGAUUAGAAAAUUUGUUUUUACUAAAGGCCACUGAAAUCAUUUUGCAGAAGCAGAUUAACUUGACAGAUUUAACGGCAAACAGUAGUAUGCAGAAUGACACCAUUGAUCUGAUCCUGACUGCCACAGAUCAAGGGCAACCACCCCUGUCAACCAAUGCCUCUAUCAGAGUUGAAGUUGUCAAGCCACAGGGGAAUGUUCUCAGCUUUACCAAACAGACUUACUUCCUGGAUGUUGAAGAAAAUAAAAAACCUAAGACUGUUAUUGGCACAGUCAAAGCAAAAUCAUCAUCAUCAGCCACAUAUUUCAUUGAUGUACCAUUUGGAAAGGUUCCAUUUGAAAUUGAUCCUAAAACUGGCACUAUCGCAACCAGUGCUGCACUGGACAGGGAAAAUGAAGGGCAUUAUCUGUUCACUGUUGUUGCAAUACAGCAAAGCCAGCCACAAGUGUCUGCUCUUGCUUUGGUGGUAGUCAAUGUUACCGAUGUCAAUGAAAGCCCACGGUUUGACAGCUCUAGUAUUACAUUGACAACUCUAGAAAAUAAAGCCCCAAUGGAUCUCGUUACAUUAACAGCUCAUGAUGCUGAUGAGGGAAGGAAUGGAAGUGUCACUUAUAUUCUAGCCAGCGGUUCACCUUCAAAUUUUGAAGUCAACGAAAGUACUGGAGUCUUAUCAGUAAUCCAAGCUCUGGACAGGGAAAAUAUCUCUAACUAUGAUCUUGUUAUUAAGGCUGUGGAUGGUGGCUCUCCAGCCUUGAAUGCAACCAUAACUGUUCAUGUUACUGUGACAGACCAAAAUGACCAUGCUCCAAAUUUCACCCAGUUUUACUAUGAGUACAACAUCACAGCAACAAUUACAAAAAUAACAGCUACUGAUGAUGAUGAGGGACUGAACAAAGAGAUAAGAUACUCUCUUCAGUCAGAUCGUAAUACUUUCAAAAUUGAUCCACUCUCUGGAGAAAUUGAGAGUAUUGCCAUUUUGACCAAAAACGUCUACACUUUAGUAGUUAUGGCAAAGGACCAGGGGAAUCCGCCACUAAACAAUACAGUUAAUGUCACCAUAAGGCUGACAGAUAACAGGACCAGUAUUGUUCCGUAUCUUUCUUUGUCAACUCAUUUUCUAUCACUGAUUGUGGGACUGAAAGCAGGGACACCACUUAAUGUGAUCCUUACAACAAAGGAUGCAGACAUCUUGCAGAUAUCAGGUGAAAAUGGGACCAAAUUUUUUGAAAUAACGAAGGACCAAAUUGUUCUUAGUCAAGAUCUGACACAACAGACAGUGUAUGUUCUCAUCAUUACAGCAACCAGCACCACGGGACAGAAUGUUUCACAGGAGCUGGUGGUUCACGUUGACAGGCUCACAUUUAGUCAGCAGAGUUAUGCAGCUGUAGUCAUAGAACAGAACAACAGUUCCCAGAUCAUUCUUGACAUAGACAGCAAUGCAGAAAAUCUGGGACUUCCUGUCAUCUAUUCACUGCUUGCUUCCUACUCUGCAUUUUACAUAGAAAAAGCCACAGGUAUCUUGUCAGUGCGAGAAUCUCUGGACCGAGAGAGAUUUUCUGUGUAUGUGCUGAAUGUCAGCCUUGCCCUUGAUCCUUCAGCGACACUGCUCAAUGGCAGACGGAGGAGAGCUGUGUUCUUAAGUGAAGUUUUUGCCACUGUUCUGGUCCAAGUUGAAGACCAGAAUGACAAUGUACCCAGUUUUGACAACCUGGGAUCUGAGUUACAUUUAAGUAUCCCUGCAAGUGUCAAUGCCUCUUAUCUCAUCAAAACUUUAAAAGCGUAUGACCCAGAUGCAGGUAUGAAUGGACUUAUACGUUACACCAUUUCAUCUGGAGACACUAGUGUGUUUGACCUUAACCCUGUCACCGGCGAACUUAAAGUAGUAUCCCCUGAAAAACUAGGAAACCAUUCAACAUUCAUGCUAACUGUUGUGGCGGCAGACAGAAAUGGUACAGGCUCUAACGUUACUCUUGAUGUCUGG